AUGAACUAUGCCCAGAUUGAAAAGGAGUUAGCAGCGCUCGGAGAAAAGGCCAUGGAUAAUAAACUAGCUGUAGAGGAUAUGAAAAAAGGCACAUUUACCAUUUCGAGUGGUGGAUUUUUCGGAUCGGUAUUCGGCACGCCAAUCAUGAACUCAUACCAGAGCGUUAUCUUAGGAAUGCAUGGAAUUUUCGAUAUACCUGUUAUUAUAAAUGGAAAGAAGCAACCCAAUGGAGCAGCACGUCAAUCAGAGUCCAGCAAUUGCUUUAAAAGGAGAGCAACACAAGCUACACUGCUUCUUCUCGGGAUAUGUACUGAAAAAGAUUGCAUGAUGGAAGGAAGCUCGGUCUGCAAUGACAUUAUCAUAGAAGUUCUGAAGAGAAGGGGGAUCCUUCUUGAUUUAAACGAAGCGAGGAACCCUGAGGCAAACAGGCGAAAAUCAAAAGCUUGGAAAGAGAUUCAGGAUCUUGUUCUUGUGCACUGUAAAAGGGUGUUCACGAUAGAGCAAGUAAAGAGAAUUUGGCGCAAUCGCAAAGCGCAUGUGCGGGAAGCGAUUUUAAAAGAAAAAAGAUAUAGAAGCAGCACAGGAGGCGGAUUGGACCCCGUUCUAGAAAAAACAAUCUCAACUACUCUUUCUUCGUUAAGCCAAGCGGAGACAUUGCUGGCGAGGACGCUGGGGAGGGAAGCCGUAAUGGCUGGGCUGGGAAACAUGGAGACCUAUGUGGAUAAAGUAUAG